AAUCACCGAUAGUUUUUGUUUGCCGCCGCCACCACAAUCUCUCUCUCUGAUCAGCCGUCAUGGAUUCCGUCAGGCUUCCAACGGCUCCUUCCACCCUCCGCACCCAAACGCUAGGUCACCUCUUACCCCAUCGCCUCCGCCACAUUCCGCUACCUCCUUGCACAUCGAAACCGCUGAUCGCGAUGAUCACUCGAUCUCGAAACCACGUCUCUCCGAUCGCCGUCAUCUCCGGGAACGAAACGUCCAUCUCUCCGCCGGAUUCCCCUCCGCCGCGUCUCAAGGUCAAUCCGAGCUCUCUGCAGUACCCCGCUGGCUACCUCGGCGCGGUUCCGGACCGCACGAGCGAUCCGGAGAACGGAAGCAUCACCGAGGCGAUGGAGUAUCUGACGAGCAUACUCUCGACGAAGGUCUACGACGUCGCGAUCGAGACUCCGCUCCACUUGGCCAAGAAGCUAUCGGAGAGGCUUGGCGUUUCGAUGUUUCUCAAGAGAGAAGACUUGCAACCUGUGUUCUCGUUUAAGAUUCGUGGAGCUUACAAUAUGAUGGCGAAGCUUCCAUCAGAGCAGUUAGCGAAAGGUGUCAUCUGCUCCUCAGCUGGAAACCAUGCUCAAGGAGUUGCUAUGUCUGCUGCCAAACUCGGCUGCACUGCUGUGAUUGUUAUGCCUCGUACAACCCCUGAGAUCAAGUGGCAAUCUGUGGAGGAUUUGGGUGCGACGGUUGUUCUUGUUGGGGAUACGUAUGAUGAAGCACAAGCAUUUGCUAAGCAACGAGCAGAAGAAGAAGGUUUGACGUUUAUACCUCCUUUUGAUCAUCCGGAUGUUAUUGCCGGGCAAGGGACUGUUGGGAUGGAGAUCACAAGGCAAGCUAAAGGUCCAUUGCAUGCUAUAUUUGUGCCCAUCGGUGGUGGUGGUUUGAUAGCUGGUAUUGCUGCUUAUGUGAAGAGAGUUUCUCCCGAGGUGAAGAUCAUUGGUGUAGAACCAGCUGAUGCAAAUUCAAUGGCGUUAUCUCUGCAUCACGGCGAGAGAGUGAUAUUAAACCAGAUUGGUGGUUUUGCAGAUGGUGUAGCGGUUAAAGAAGUUGGUGAAGAGACUUUUCGUAUAUGCAGAAAGCUGAUGGAUGGUGUUGUUCUCGUCACUCGUGAUGCUAUGUGCGCAUCAAUAAAGGAUAUGUUUGAGGAGAAACGGAACAUAUUAGAACCAGCGGGUGCUCUAGCGAUCGCUGGAGCUGAAGCGUACUGUAAAUAUUAUGGCCUAAAGGACGUGAACGUUGUGGCCAUAACCAGUGGUGCAAACAUGAACUUUGACAAGCUCAGGAUUGUGACAGAACUCGCCAAUGUCGGUAGGCAACAGGAGGCUGUUCUUGCUACUAUCUUGCCGGAAAAGCCUGGAAGCUUUAAGCAAUUUUGUGAAUUGGUUGGACCAAUGAACAUAACCGAGUUCAAGUAUAGAUGUGGCUCGAGAAAGGAAGCUGUUGUACUAUACAGUGUUGGAGUGCACACACCCGGAGAGCUCAAAGCACUAGAGAAGAGAAUGGAAUCUUCUCAACUCAAAACUACGAACCUUACAACCAGUGACUUAGUAAAAGAUCACCUGCGUUACUUGAUGGGUGGAAGAUCAAGUGUUGAAAACGAGGUUCUAUGCCGAUUCAUAUUCCCGGAGAGACCCGGUGCGCUAAUGAAGUUCUUGGACUCUUUCAGUCCACGGUGGAACAUUAGCCUUUUCCAUUACCGUGCAGAGGGUGCUGCGGGCGCGAACGUGCUGGUCGGGAUCCAUGUCUCGGAGCAUGAAAUGGAGGAAUUUCGAAACCGAGCUCAAGUUCUUGGAUACGAGUACGUUUUGGUAAGUGAGGACAUCAAUUUCAAGCUUUUGAUGCAGUGAUUUGGAGCUAGCUGUGAUGGGGAAACCAAAACCGAGCAAGUAGAAGAACCCAUGAGAGUCAGAGUCUUGGUUGUUUUUGAGCUCUGGUCUUCUGUAAAACGUAUCUGCGCUGCUCUCGGGUCUAUUGGAUGCUACGGGCCUGUGUUAUACUGGCCUAAUGUGUAACCUUUAUUUCAGCAAAUAACCUAUAGGGCUAACCUCCAAUAAAACUUUUAUGAAAUUAGUUUUCUUGUUAAGACGAGUGUACUUCUUAGUUAUUUGUUGGUUAAAUAGAGGCCGUUAAAAUA